AUGCCGUAUCUCUCGACGCGGAUUCCGGAGGCUCGGCGUAACGUAGCUGGAGACUUUCCGAGCGAGCACAGCAAGAGAAGCCAAAUCAAACUUGAGCCGCUGGAACAACGUAGAUUCAGAGUGAGUUUAUUUAACGUUUUCCAAUUCCAUUAUGUGAAUGGUGCACUUUUCAGAGUACUGAAUCCCGUCCAAUCUCAACGAGCAACUAUCUCACCGAGAGUGUUGAACGUCAUCGUGAGAUGGAGGCGUCGCGGCUCAAACAGUAUCUUAAAGUAUGUAAAUGGGUUAUUUGGAUCGUUUAACUUUCAAGAAUAACUUUAAGGCCAAAGAGACUGAUGCCAAUCAGCCGUGGAACAAGCCGGGAUGGCCAGGACCGAAGCCGUCUGCAAAUGACGAGAGUCUUCGUGAGCUUGAGACUAUCAAGCAGGUUAGUCGUCCAUUCAAAUUCUAUUCAUAAACUCGUGCCGCUUUUUCAGAAAGUGGAAACGCUGAAAAGAGUAAGUUUGAGUGUUUUCACUUUCGUUGUCUGUGCAUGUUUUGUCUUGUCUUGUUUUGUCUUGUCUCGUCCCAUUUUGAAAAGGAAGUCCCUGGCUUGGAAGCGACACUCUUGGAUGAUCACCUCAACUACUGACACGUUUCCCUUUUUCAACGACUUCUGACUUCUUCCCUGCAAGUGUGAUGACGUGUGCGUAAUGUGUAGUGGUCUCCCGAUAUUCAGAAAACUUCACAAUCAAUGAAUGACGUGUCGAUGCCGGCGCCAAGCGAGUUCGAGAAACUGAACCCGGUAAGUACAAGGGGUUUUCAUAUUUUAUUUUGAGUGAUGGUUGAAUUUCCAAUCUCAAUAUGUUUUCAUUGAACUCUAUAAUUUUUCAGCAACCACAACCUUCUCCGAUCUCUCCUGGAGAGUCUGGAUGGCUGAUCAAAAUGCGCAAGAACCGCUACCUCGACCAAGCGUCCAAGCUGAAUGAGCCGAAAAAGUACAAGUCAAUGGAGCAGCUACCAAGCUCUGGAAAGGUUUGUGAACCCCCGGUGGCGCCCACGCCAUACAGCCUCCUCUCUUGCUAAUGAGCCAAUUUUGUCGUCUCCCCCUCCGAGUGCAUACUCUGAUCGCACACUAUUCGCGAGUCUGUCACCUCCAAAUUGCGCGGCUAUUUCUCAUCGAAGCCUCUUGAAACAGCCGACGCACACACUGUGUGAGGCCUCUAAGCUACUGUGCUGCGCCCCGAGGCAGCGCCACGGAGUAGAUACGACUGGAUGGGAUAGAACGUAUUUCUCCAAUGUCUCUCUCUCCCCUUCCCCCUGGCUUACCCUCCCUUUGCGCACUUUUGUUGACAACUGGGUUCUACUUUUUGCGGAUUUUCGUUUCAAAAAACCGUUUUGCGCCAGGAGUUUGUCUUCUACUGUUUCUUUUUUACAACAAUUCCCUCCUUUAAGGCUCAUCCUCAGUAGAAUCUAGUGAUAUGUCCCUCACAAUCCCUCACUGUAGUUUUUAGUGGUACAGGUAGUUUUGCAAAUUGAUGUUCAAGAUUUCAAGGCCUAUUAUUUAUCUCUUGACAUUUGAAUGCCUUAUCAGUGGUCUUUUAAAAAACUCAUCAGGCCAAUCAAUAAUCCGCCCCCAAAAACCUAUUGACUUUCAACCCCGACCUCUUACCGCGCAAGACAAUUUGUUUGUUUCAAAGUUUGUUCAAAACGCGGAGUGCGCGCACUGUUCAUUGCAUUUUUGGUGGGGGCGCAGGCUUGCUUUGAGGCAGUAAUCCGAAACAAAAACAGCGUGAAUGACGAGGAAGCAGCAGAGGAUUGAAUGAAACAAUGAGCUACUUGUUACAGGUCGGCAACGACGAGAAGCCGGAAGGGUCGGAUCCGUUGCACUGGCAGCUGCGCAAGGAGUUUCAUCUUGCCAAAUACUCAGUAAGUCUCUACCGAGGGUAACCAUUCUUGUCGUGUUCUGCGGCGGAGGAACACGCAUAGCUGACCCAUAGUGUGCUCAUGGUGAUAAGUGUUCAUGCGUGCGCACCGAUCAGCUCUCUCCCUCGGGGUCCUUGCUUUUCUUUUUAACAUACGAAACAAGCGCACCAAAGGCAAACACAUUGUCGAAAUCCAAGGAGUUCCCGGCGCACAGUCUCGGCCUCCUAUUAUCCUUGAGACUGUUCCACCCGAAUGUACAACAUGCACAUUCCACCAUGUUUUAAUUUUAAAUGGAUUCCUUCUCACUGUGACGAAUGAGAAUGAUCUUUCAUCACUAAUUUGAUAGAACAAAGUAGCUGUUCAAACUUUACUUUUUUGCUGACCGACACUAUUUGUCUCAGCUUGGUGAGAAAUGUCCGACAUAUUUUCCAAACCCAAUCCAAACCUCUCCUCCUCCAUUUUUUCUUUUUGUUCUGUUUACUCGAGUACAUACCGUAGUGGUCGGCCAGUUCGCUCAGCACUUCGCUCUUCCUCUUUUACAGUCUUCACUAAGCCUUCACUCAUUUGACCUAUGAAGUUUCACAGCAAUCUGGCAAUCAGUCUAAAUUUACUUCUCAUAGACCAUCUCUUUAUCGUUUCUUACCAUUUCUCGCCCUUCUCUACCCAUUAUUUCUCUUUUUUUAAAUCUCACUCGCAAGUCUUUGAGUACCCUGUCUUAGGGGCGCCCGUGCAGUUGCGAGAGCGAGAGAAAAGAGCGAAAUAAUGAAGUAAAAGCGAAAAGAGAGAGAGAGUGAAAGAAAUGGUGACCCGCUAUAUACACCGUAUUGACAUUUUGUUCGUAAUGAAACAUUGACCCGCUUAGCCCAAAAAGCUACUCUUUUCUGGCUCUAGAGGAGGGUUCCUUCAUGUCUUCCAACGACGCCAAUGAGCCGCCCUACUCGACGGUCCGGCAGCUGAGAGCCGAGUAUCUUGCCCGGGUGGCCUCCUCGUCCACUUCUAGGCCGUCGUCCACGUCUCGGACGCCAAGACGAGGCGCAGUAUUCGGCACGAGAUCCACUCACAGUCUGCCUUACAUUCCAGAAGUUGAAGAGGUUAUCACACAAAUGAUCACACUAUUCAGCCUAGAAUCCAUACCCUUUGAAAGCAUUUCUCUAUGGUCAUUACUUUCAGGAGCGUCGUGCAUCAUACCACGUGGAGUCAUCCUCCUACAUUCAUAGCAGUAGCAAUCAUCCGGCGGCACCGCAUCACCACCAGCCUCCGCCAUCUCCACCGCCCGUUCCAGCAGUGAUACAACAUCAGUCACACCCUUCUCAGCCACCUCCGACUGCGACCAUCUUGAACAGACCGCUGUCGAAAUCGCAGUUGUUGUAUCCACCUGGAAGUACCGAGAAUAUCGCGAGUGAACGGAAACCUGCCAUACGACCUCCAGAAAAGGUACAGUAGUUUAGAGUUUCUUUUGUGCAAUUAUCUCAAUUUUCAGACAGUCUACGAGAACAAUCCAAUAGCUCCAUCCGAGUUGAAUGUGCAGAUAAAGCGGGCUCCUCCUCAAGGUCCACCUCCACCACCACCCGCUCAACCCGCUGCAUCCUCGUCUCGACCGGAAGAGUUUGAUUAUCCUGAGCGGUUGAUGAGCCCACCACCUACUCAUCAGCCAAGAUCGAUUCUCAAAGGAUACUCGUCUCACCAAUACUAUUCUCAAACCAAUCUUUCGGAAUCUCAUCAGUCAACCACCUUGAAUCCACAGCAAAUGCAUCCCCGACCCUCGGACCGUCGCACUCCUACGCAUUUCGAAGAUCUUAGUGAAGAUGAGAAGACACGGAUCAUGCACGAGAAUCUGCAGAAGCAUCGAAGUAUGCGCAGUGGUCCAAACGGACCGCGCCCAACUGUGACAUCUUUCAACGGACCAUUCUUCCGAUUGGAACAAGUGAGCCCGGGACAGCAGCAACGCAGUCAGUCCGUCGAUCCGAGCGGCGAACGUCUUCUGCAGCACACGCGUGACAUCUCUGCAUCGGAAAUUGAGCUGAACCAACACAACUUUUCUCGCAAUCUCGAACCUUCGGUAGUUGUGUGGCCACCGCUUUCCGAUAAAGAACGGAGAAGGCCGCCGUCCGUACUGGCUAAGAACUUCAAUGAUCCCGAUAAGAUAGAUGAGUACCACCGGCAGAAAAGGUUGGAGCAUGAGGCAAUACAACGACAUGAAGAGCAGCAGAUGAUUAGCAUGACCAAGCAGAUCAGAGCCAUGGAGAUUCAGCAGCAACGGCUCUACGAACAGUCGCAUGGAGUGACGUCUCCGGUACCGAUCAUGGAGUCCAUCUCUCCUCAGCCGACUCACCACUACCCAACACAUCCGUACCCCACCCAGCCGCCUCCGCAACAUCAACAGAGUCAGCCACCACAACAGCAGUACUAUCCACCUCCGCCUCCACCUCAAUCAAUGAAAGAUCCGGAACCGCUUCCCUAUCCAGUGCAAGUUUUCGAGACACGGCCAAUCUCGGCCCUCUCUGAUCAAAUGGAUCAGCCACCAACCAGCUGGAAGCGCACUUAUAUUGUUGAGAAGCCGAGAGAUAUCGCGAAGAAUGAGAUUCUGACUUCGGAAGAACUACUCGAGAAAGAAUUUUACGACGUGGAUCUUUUAAAGCGACGUGAGACCUUUGUGGAAAAGCCUGACGAGCCGGUGAGAAUCAACCGACUUGGAAAGCGAUGGCAGCCACCGCCGGAGAAGCCCUAUGUCUGGCCGACUCUUCGUCGUGCGAUGUCAGUAGAGCCAAAUAUGAGACCUAUUGAUUUUUCUCCGGGAGUCCCCGCUAAUUAUGAUGAUGCUGAUGAGUACAAGUGGGCGCCCGUAGUGAACGAUCCGGGAUAUAAGAAAGAGGAGAAGAACUUCACGCCAGUGAGCAGUCCUCCAGCUUCUCCCAGAAGAGGACACGGUGCAGGGCCUUUGGAUGAGCCAGCGAAGCGACAGGCAAAGUAUGUAAUACAGCCCAGUCCUGACGGAAGUCACCGCCCGAAAACCGUUUUCCGGAAAGAGAGACACGCUCCUAGCGGAGGUUUCUACCCGCAUGCUCCCAAUGCAAUAAAGAUUGUGAAAAAGAGAGCUCAAUCGGUUCAAGGAAUAUUGUCGCCUUCUGACAAUGUUGAAGUGAUCCACCAAAGAAACUACCACCGAUUGGAUCUGGAGCAGAACGGACAGCACAAACUGCGCAGAAGUCAGCACGGAGGAAGUGAGAUUGACUUGAGGAAGACCCAAGAUCUGCCAGAUUGGGAGAAGAUCUAUGAGCUCCCACCGCACAGCUCGCAGAUUGUACAGAAAGUAAGUUCACAUUAUCAGAGAUUGUGAUGUAUUUUCCUUUAUAGGAUAUGCCAAGACACGUAGAUGUGCAGCGGAGGCUCUCCAAGUUUGAAGGCUCCAUUCAGAAUCUUCGCGCGGCCAGUUCACAACAGCACUUGGACAGCGUAAGUCUAAAGGGGGUAGUGAUAGCGUACACCACCAAUAGUGAAUUAAAAAAAAGAACUUCAAAGCCAUACAUGCUUGUUUUGUAAACCUUUUGCCGCUCUCAGUUUUACAUGCUCAUUUACGCUUCCCCAUUUCCCCGAGUGCCGUGUCUUUUGGGUGUGCAAAUGACCAUUACAGAUGCAACAGUUGCACUUUCCAAUGCCUGACUAUGAGCCGCCUCAACCACCUCAUCAGCAGAGAAGGCGCACAGAGUCUUCCAACUAUCGCAGCGGAGGGGCACCUCCUCCGCCUCCUCCGCCCAUGCCGAUUCAGCAACCGAGAGAGGUACUUGAAAAUCAGCAAUCAGGAGUUCUCAAACAGUAAUCAUUCAGAUGUCUCGUCGCAAUUCGGUGGCUUCUACUCGCAUCGAUUCUCCGUCUCUGAUGGUCCCUCAUCACCAUCAACGGCAGUCUCGCUCCGAUUCCCGAGGUCCUCCACAGUCCAUGUCACGUGCGGCUUCUUCGAUCCCUCUCUCGCCUCAACCGACUCCGCAGCACCAUCACCAUCAUCAUUCUCAACGACCGACGACUCCCGGAGCCACCCGUGCCCGAAACUAUAUUGCUAGGGCAACAGCUCCGAGCCCAACUCCGUACUCCUACGAUCGGGCGAGAGCGUAUGUUCCGCCAGCGUUGCCGCCUGGAUACAGAGUAUGAGUUAAAGAUUCUGACAAUAACAUGAUACUGUUCAUUUAAGCUCGCUGACCCACAGCCUGAUCCUCGCGCGAUGUCCCCUUCGCCGGGACACACUCGCAAGUUGAUUCGGAAUGUGUCCGAAUCAGCGCAGCGCCUCAAUCCAUCCGGAUCUACGCCUCAAACUUCGAGAGCGCCAUCACGACACUCGCAUCGACAGAGUCCCAAUCCCCGAUUUCUAUGACUAGAGCUUCCCUGCCAACCCAACCUCAUGCAUUUAUCAUAGGCCAUUAUAGAGCAACCUAGUCGUUGUAUUAAUAACUUUCUUACUGCUUUCUCUCACGUUCUACUUUCAAUAUUGAAUCUUCCCGUUUUGCUCACCCAUUUCCGAUGGCUUUCUUCUAUUUCAUUCUCAAAAAUAUUAUGUUUAAUUUGAGCUAAUUGUCCCGUACCCUCCUACCUUAGUAUAUGUGUUUUUUUUUUUUAACUUUUACCCUAAUCCAGUCAAUUUCUGACAGCUGCAUCGUUCGAAAAGCAGGUGAGAUUUAAAACAAAAUACGAUUCUUUCAGAAAAAAGAAUCUAAGCCAGGGAUUUCUGUGUCUAAAUGUUUGCAUGUUUACGUUUCGUUGCGUUAAUGUUGUAGAUGUAGAACUGUCAUGUCCUUCUCGUUUCCAACAUUUUUUUCAUUUCAGGAAGCCAACAAACCGCCAGCGGUAAGUUUACCAACUUUUUUGGAAGGGAGUACGGUAGAUCUAGGGUGUGGCUAAGCUAAUAACAUAAUUUAUUCAUAACGUUUGGUUACUUGACAACAACUGACCACUAGAGCUUCCUCAUUCAUCUCGCAAUUAACACAGAACGCGGAACUUGACGAAUGGUCGCGACGUGGCGAAGAACUGCGUCGCCGAGAUGGACGAUCCAAGUACAAGCUCGUCGAGUCGGACAUCUAUAAGACAGAUCCAGAUCCGAUCCCCUCCAGUUUCAAGGUCCCCUUGCUUAUUGAUUUGUUUCUGCUUCUCCUUAACACUUGUUAGGUUUAGGAUCAAGUUCGUGAGCUGCUCGAGUCGAGAAACUCUGUGGAGACGACCACGACAGCCCGGGAUCAGGAUAAAUCGGGAUAUGUGACGGUUAGUGACCUAGCACUUACCCUCCACGAAAAGCGUGUGCAGUGAGCACUAGUAGGCCAUAGGAAACCCAUAAAUCUAUCCCAAAUGACACCCUUUUGAGAUCUCCCACUAACUUUGCAGGAUGUCUCCACUGCCACCUGGAAUUUCUCGACUCUCGACUACUCUCCCAGAUCUGUGGUGAGCAUGAAUGGAGCCCGUGAUGAUAUACUAAAGGUUUUAAACUUAUCUCUCUCUAUUUUUCAUACAUUUUGCACACACGUUACGCACCUCGGUACUAAUCUCUGAACGGCUAAGUACUACUAUAUACUAACCAUCUACCGUACAACCGACCUCCGUCCGUCGUCCGUAUCUCCGUACGAACGACCUCUUUUCUUAUCUCUGUCCGCUCUGCAAUGUGAUAGUACAGACGGUGCCACCACUUCGUACGAAGACACCUCCACCGCCGCCCCCGCCGCCACGUCGCUACGAGCUCUACGAGCAACACGAGCGCUACACUUCUGCUCCAAAUCUUCAAUCGGCCGUCAUUCGUAUUCAGGUUUUUCAAAACUAUUGGGUUUUUCAGUUAUUGUUGUGUCACACAAUGUCUAUUUGCAUGAUAAUUAUAACGUGGUGGUUGUACGCUAUGCACUUCUUUUUCUUCUUUCCAACGCUAUCAUCAAUCCAUGCGACAUUUUUAGGAUGACAAGCCGCGCAGCAUUAUGAAGAGACGAGAGCUCGAGAGUCGCGAGCAACUGCUCUACCCGACUGUCGACACCCAGGUCGUCAAGUCGUUCGUUCGUAAACCGACUGUGACAGAGACUGUUCAACGAUUCGAGGAGACUCGCCGUACUGAAGAGGUUAGUGACUUCAGCAUUAAAUCAUCAGAUGAACAAUUGAGUUCCAGGUCGAGCGUCGUGUGCAACGCCGUGAAAAGAAGGAGCGCCGUAGUCGUCAUCAUUCCUCUUCUCGUCAUCAAUCCGGAUGGGAGGGACAGACCGGAGGAUACCAAGGUACAAAAGUCGCAUUACAGACUGUAAUUUACAUUCGACUAUUUGUCUACAGUUUAUUCAUUCUAACAAAGACUACCAAAGCCACUUCUUCGGUUGAAUGUCGGUGUGAUUUCACGUUCAUGUCGGUGUCCCUUUCCAGAAUAUCGUCAAGGUGCCGUCGCCUCCCUGCCACGUCGGCAGAUCAUUCGUGAGGCGGAUCGUGCAAUGACCGAAGAAGAAAUGAACAAAGUGGUUCGCGAGGCGUACGCAGCAGCCGACGAGGCCCGACGUGACAGCCGUACGAGUUCACUUCCUUCCUGUCCCUCAUUCAUUCUCACCCUGGGUUUCUGAAUUUUUCGGAAAACUACUUUGUCCUAUUUCUCCUAUCCUAACAACAACAUCUUCCUAUUCAGUUGAUCAUGAUUCUUCAGGUCAUCGCAGUAGCUCGCUGAGCCGUGGAGGAUAUCUGCCAGGAGGUCAAGAGACCUACUACCGCCAGGAAACCACUCGUCGUCAGCAACAUAACAAUUACGUACGUUUCAGAUGUUUUGGGGACUUAACACACAUGCUCAUACUGUUUCAGGACGACAACUUCAACCGCGGAAUAGCGCAUGCGCGUUACGGUUCGUUGUCGGAUUCGUUGCGUCGCGGCGAGCUGAAGUACGUACCGAACGGCGAGGUUCGCCAAUCGUUCUACCGUGAUGGAGCCAACGGAGGACAGAGAAUGCACAAAAGCUACUCGACACGUAAGGAAAUCAAAGUGAACUGAAUCUACUACGAAAGAUGUUUUCAGGUGAUGUGUUCACUGGAGAAGGUGAUGACCGUCGCUCCGUCUCUUCAUUCCGUCGUGGAAGUCAGCAGCAGGUAUCUCCAUUCGUCGAGUUCCCACCAACUCUUCCACGCGGAGGAUACCGUGAGGAUGCCCACUUCCGUCCGGUGAGCAAGUCUCGCAGCUUUGCCGAUUGGGACGAUGCCGGACGUGCUGGAGUGGGCCGUGAGGUCCGUCCAUAUCACGACGAUAUGAGCAGACUCGAGAAUGAGUUCCGUGAUUCUCUGCUCAUGCCACUGCCAGCUGGCAACAUGUAAGUAGAAUAACUUGAAAUCAGGUUUAAUGGACGCAUAUUUAGGAAUGAGCGUGAUCAUAGAACCGAACAACUGCCAGGAGGCUAUGAGACAUUCAACAAGGAGAGACAUGCCAACAGUGGAAGACGUUCUGGACGUGAUGGAAAACCUGUUGACUUCAAGUACAGUCUCGAAUCCAUUAAAUGACAAUAAACCACUUUUGCAGCGAGGCAUCCCAAGAGUACAGCUACAAGAGGGAACAGAACUUCGAUGACAGACGUCGUCGUUAA